CGAGCCGCACAGCUCAUGGCGCCGGUGCAUAGUUAUACCGUCUUACGGAAUAUUGCAGGCAGGCCAAGUAUGAAAGAAAUAUCAACACGGUGCAAGACAGUGCUCCGCCUCAACCCGCCAGCUCAUCGCAACCGCAAGUGGUCGAAGUUCGGGUGCGCAAUGUGGUCCACCUAAGCCUUGCGGGCGCAGACUUUGUUGCACUGCUGCUUCCGGGUAACAUCCGGAGAGAAGCAUAUGGCGAGGAUUCCGCAUGCAGCGCAAAGACUUGCCCUCCUGGGGUGAGGCGGCUCGUAUCUGCUCCAGGCUGCAGCUGUUCGAUGAGCUUGGCGAUGCCUCGGGCGGUUGGUGUUGAAAGAGUCAGCGCUGCGGAAAUAGCAUCGCCAGCAUCGCCGAGACGAGGCAGACACCGCAGAUCAGAGAGCUCGAGUUCUGCUGUCUAUAUAAAUCGGCAGUAUGCUCCUCCCAGAGCCUGACUUGUAGUGCUCUCCACCAACAUCACCACAGAACAAGCAAGCGUGUGUUAGCUUUCUCCUCGGCCAACAGCCAACAUCUGGUCCCAACUUAUCUCGGGCUACAAGACUCAACCCGGUCGGACCUCCAGAAACCACCAACCCAUUAUCCCGAGAGAGAGGGCAACACACACAACACACACCACGCAACCACACACACCACUGCCAGAAUGCACCUCAACACCAUCCCCACCCUCCUCCUCGCGGCGCUCACCACCGCGCCCCUCACAACCGCCAUCCCGUUGAACACCCGGCAACCGUCUUCGUCCAACCCUACCUGCACGCACAUCCAGCCGACCCCGUCCCCGCCGCGUCUCGACCUGAUCAACCGCCCGGACCUGUCAACGAUCACCACGCAGACCCUCACCUUCAACCUCCCCUCCUCCUCAAGCACAGGCCCUUGCACCCUCCGCGCGCACUUCCCGCCGCACUGGGAAGUGUACGACUCGCGCGUCGAGGCGGGCGGCGCGCCGCUGGUCGUCAACGUGUUCGACGUCGAUGGCUCCGGCUCCGGCGGUUCCGGCGGCAGCGGCGCGCUGGUGGGCAGCGUGCAGUUCGCCGAUGCCGACGCCGACGCCAACGCUGCUGCGGAGCGGGACAGGAUCGUGACGGUUGGCUCGCUCGCCUGUCGCGAGAGCAUGAGCUUCCGGUUUGAGCUGGCGAGCGACAGCAUCGGGGAGGUCGGCUUCGUGCAGGGUUACGAUGCCGGGCUUGGCGUUGAGGGCGGGUUGGAGGUGGUUUUUGGGGAGUCUUGUUAGGCUGUGGAAGGGAGGAUGGAAUCUGGAAAAAAAUAAAAAGGGGGAUAAACGGUUAUUGUUGUUGUUGUUUGAGGGUGUGCGGGCUGUGUUAUAGAAUAACUAGAGAGACGGGGUUAGAGGAGAUGGGGUUUUCUGGUAGUGCCCUCGAUGGCCAGAAGUGGAAUUCCUCCAUGGGAGGGACGGUUGUUGGACACUGUCACUGUGCUGGUGGACAGGUGUUGGAGUCUGGUCCAGGGGCAUGACUUCGGUCGAACUGACCGACUGAUUUGUCUGUUUUGUUUUGCCUCGGACGAGUUGGAAUGGCGGUCAGGAGGGAGCUCUGCGCACGUCCAGAUUAUGUUGGUAGUCAACUUUCCAUGGAAUACGGCUUCCAUCGUGCGGCUACCUCGACGAAUCUGGUCGAUGCUUCUCUCGUGCCAUUGUUGUAGUGAAGGGUAUAACGGUGAAGAAGAUAGUAACUCGACGAGUCUCC